AUGUUACUUAUUGAUGAAACAGAGGUAGUAUGUAGAAUUUAAGAGAUUAAGAGAAGAAAACUUCGCCACACAGUAAAUCUUCUACUAAAAUAUCAAUAUCUCUUCUUUUUAUCAAGAAUUUAUCCUUAUGCUUUAAUUCAUUCUCUUGCUAUUGUUUAUGAGACCGAUUUUUGCAAAUUGAUAGUCAUGUAUGAGGGUGUUUGUUUGUUUGUUCUUUCUUGUUGGAGUUUUUCUUGA